CUUUUUUACCCAAUUCAAAAUUCAUUUUGGGUUCACUUUUAUUUACACAGUUAAUCUGAACCGUUGACAACUUGAUUUUUACACUUGUUUACCAAACCAUUUUCAACUCGAACUCAACCAUCAACAUGAAACUUUACAUGCUUCUCGUUUUAUCAAUUAUCAUGACUCUUUCCUCUGCUAAUCCCAUCGGCCUUGGUGGUGGUCUCGGUGGCCUUGGACUUGGAGGGGGCCUUGGUGGCGGUCUAGGUGGAGGCGGUCUGGGUAAUGGUAUCAGUUUUGGUCGCUCUUAUGGAGGUGGCAUUGGGUAUGGAGGUGGAUAUGGACUUGGACCCAAUGGACCAGUCGGUGGAUUCACUGUUAUCCCACUCUUUGGUUAAACAAUUGCACAGACUUUAUGUACUUUCUUAUCCCUUAAACCUUUGUUUCCAUUUUGAUAACUUCCAAGUAUUGAACUUUUGCCACUCAAAAAUGAUUCAAUAAAUUAUCUCUUUUAUACUCAAAGUGA